ACUCUAUGUUAUGUCAAAACAUUCGCAUGUCGAGAACACGGUGACAGUUCCGUAAGCAAUACAAAUAAACACGAAUACGAUUUCAUUGCCUCUUCGUUAGUAUUUUAUUUUUAAUAAUUCGUGUUAAUUUCAAACAAUGAACAUUCAAUAACACCUGAACAUUUGGUGGGCAAAUUAACAUCCAACAAAAUGGAAUCAGACGAAGAAUCGGAACAAGUAAGCGAUUGGACUCACUUAGACAGCUUGAAAACAUUCGAAUGGGUUGAACAUGAAUCAUCACCAUUGUCAAAUUUGCUUCAUCAAUCGCCCGCCUGCAGCAUGAAUACCGACCAUUUUGAUAGUUCCACUAAAUUAGUUGAUAAUACGGCGAGUGUACGGGAUAAUUUCAUUGAACAAUUGGCGACGAAAGCAAGCGCUCCAGUCAGUCUGUUGGUGGAAAGUCUGGUACAGCAGCUAUGUUCAAUGAUCGAACCGGAUCAAUCGAAUGCCGAAAAUUUGUAUAAAACCAUUUGCAAGCAGCUGCAUCGCAUGAAUUUAAUCGAUGAGACUUUUAAGAUGGGGGAAUUUGAUGUUAUGCGAAGUCAAUAUCAAAGAGCACUGUAUCAAUUGGCGACUGUGGCGCGCGGAACUAGCAAAAUUCCGCUCAACCUUCAGUCAGUAUGGCCUCUCAGUGAUUCGGCCAGCAUGCAGUGGUCAAGGUAUCAUCGCGAAUUUGAAGAGCUCAACUUUGUUGCCGGUGGCGGUUUUGGUCGCGUAUAUCGUGCUAGGAAUAAGCUGGAUGGCAUUGAGUAUGCCGUGAAAAAAGUCACCAUCAAAUAUCGAACCAUCAAACGAGUCUUGUCACAUUUGGCCGAAGUGAAAACGUUCGCCAGCUUAAAUCAUAAUAACAUUGUGCCAUAUAAAGCCGCCUGGUUAGAACCACUGUUUGACGAUCCAUCCAACCGGCCGAGAGUUACCGAUGGAAAACACUUACAAAAACAUCUUGCCAAUAGAAAAAGAAGUAACGGAAAAAAGGCAUCAAAAAUCUCUUCAUUAUCAAAAGGUUUUGAAGUGGCAAUAUUUGAUGUUGAUUCAAAACUCAGUGCCACCACAAACAACGACGAAGAAGAAAGUGAAAGUGAAACGGAAACCUCCGAAUCGGACGGCGAAACCGGUCCUGAUAAACCGAUUGCCGAUUGUCGAAAUCACCUUCAACUGCCAACGAAUAAUCAUGCGGACGAAUCAUCGGAUUUUAUCCAGUUCCAGGCAACGCACGACGAUGUUGUGGACGGUGCGAAUUUGUCGGCUAUGGAAUCGGCGCCUGAUAAACGUCUUGUCAAACCGAAUGAAAAUCAUCCGAAUAAUAAUUUCAUCAAAGGAAAUUUAGAAUUUGAUGAGUCACAGCCACAUUUGAAAUUGAAAUGGGCCACCUUGUACAUACAGAUGUCAUUUCGUCCAUUGACUCUUCGGGCAUGGCUUGAUGAGCGAAAUAAAAACAGUGAUUUCAAUGAGUUCUAUCAGAAGUUCAUCGAAAAAUCGGUACGACAAUGGGAUCGUACUAUUAUUGAAGAUGAUGAAGAUGAUGAGGUGAAUCGGAAUGCGACAACCGGAGCAGUAACUAAAUUUAAGGAUAAAACAACAGCCCGUUGGCGCUUAUCAGCCUCAAUGUCAAGCACAUCACUCGAGAAAACACUUGCCAAAACAUGGGAUUCAUUGGAUGUCACACAGACCAUUUUCACUCAAGCAUUGAGCGGAUUACGGUACAUCCAUCUUCAGAACAUUGUUCACCAUGACAUUAAGCCUUCGAAUAUUUUCAUCGGUUGUGAAAAGAACGGAGAACUUUAUGUUCAACUCGGUGAUUUUGGUUUAGCUUGCCCACUGCAAGCCAAACACUCACCGGAUUCUAUGAUCGGUACAAUAACAUACGCGGCGCCGGAACAGCUCAAGGGACACUGUGAUCCCAAAUCAGAUAUAUACAGUUUGGGGAUAAUUUUGCUUGAGCUACUCAUUCCAUUCAGCACAGACAUGGAACGCUUGAAGACCAUCGAAGCAGCUCGAAAAGGUGUUCUCCCAUCAAAUAUACCACCGAAAUUUUUGAAUUUACUUAAAGCUCUUCUCCAGAAGCACACAAAACGUCCGGAUGCGGUGGGAACAUUUGAUUUGUUGACAAAACUGGAGCUUUGGAAUGGUAACAGUGAUUCAAUACAUGAGAAUACAUCACAGCGCAAUGGUGAUCUGCAGAGUCAAUUAACUCAGAUAACUGAUGAGCUAAAUCAGUUGAAAAUGCAAUUAGCAUCACCAUUGGCCAAUGACAGUUUAAAAGACAUUCGUACCAACAUUCCAAAUGUCUCUGUCGAAGGCGGUGAUUUAGCAACUAUAGCGAGUUCGGAGAGCUUCUCGUUUGUUAGCCAAACAGCAGAGCAGACAACCGUAUUCAAAUCCUUUGGAUUAGAUUUGGAUGAGGAUAAGGAUAAGGAUAGAAAAAUCCAGAUUUUAAGCAAUAAGCUCAUUGAAUCUGAUAAGGAGGCCAACGAACUUAAAAAAGAAAUUGAACGCUUACGUGAUAUAAUCAAUCAAAGACCCGGAUAAUAGCACCGAUUUAAAAAAGAACAAAACAAAUUGAAGUCCAUUGACA